CCGACACCCAGCCACUUAGAUUAGGCAAUAAAUGAAGGCGCUUGCGCAGUAGAGUCCAGAGCGGGGAAGCGGGCGCCUGCGCAGAGACGUAGUGGCCGUCCGCUCGCCGCCCCGCCUCUGCCAAGUCGCGCCAGCGCAGUGAAGAACGAGCCAGCAGAGACAGCGUCUGCGCAGCCGUGGUUGAGGAGCCUGUGGCGGCGGCGGCAAUGGAACCAGCGGAGCAGCUGAGCGAGUUAGUGUCAGCCGAGGGCCGAAACCGGAAGGCGGUGCUGUGCCAGCGUUGCGGCUCCCGGGUGCUGCAGCCAGGGACCGCUCUCUUCUCUCGCCGACAGCUUUUCCUUCCCUCCAUGAGAAAGAAGCCAGCUCUGUCUGACGGCAGCAAUCCUGAUGGCGAUCUCCUCCAGGAACACUGGCUGGUUGAGGACAUGUUCAUUUUUGAGAACGUGGGCUUCACCAAGGACGUGGGCAACAUCAAGUUUCUGGUCUGUGCAGACUGUGAAAUUGGACCAAUUGGCUGGCAUUGCCUAGAUGACAAGAACAGUUUCUAUGUCGCCUUGGAACGAGUUUCCCACGAGUGACUGAGGGGAGGGGUACUCAGCUCCACCUCCAGAGAUAAACCUACUCCCCACAAGAACUGGCCUUUAAUGUGUGGUAUAACUGUUCCACUGCCUUCUUCUCUGUGCUAAUACAAAUACUGAGUACCAGCAUGUCCACUUGAACAUGCAGAGGGUUAAUCCUGCUUCCUAAAGCCUCAAGUACAUGCCUCCUGCUUAGUUAACUUUGCAUCACAUUUCCUAAGCUCCCUUUUCCCCCAGUUUGGGACACUGUGCUUACCUCCAAAAAUCUCAUCUCUUCCCUGGCAUUCUGCCUAGGCUCUGUUUUGCCCAGGGCCUCCCUCUUUUUCUUGCUCUAGAAGAGCAGUAUUCAACCUUUUAGCUAUGAUGACACAUAGCAAAAGAUGCUUAUGUACUAAUAGUUGAAAGUCUGCCUUUUUCUCAUUCAAGAAGGCAUACAAAUAUCUGGGAGUGACUUUGUUGUAUGGCUACCCUUGUGAUCUACAGUAAUUUAUUCUUUCUAAAAGUAAAGCAUUUACAAAACUCAGUAUUUAAACCACUAACCAGAAACAUUACUUUGGAUGCAUCUUUAAUACCAUGUUUGAGCACCUCUGCUCUAGGUUGAGAAUGGCAUUUUAUUGUGAAGACGGGUGUGGUCCCUCUUCCCUUGAAAUCUUGUAGUUUCUUUUUAUAUUAGCUCCUCACUGCUACAGCCUAGAAGGUGGGAAGCAGAUUUUAACCCCAUCUGGCAGCCACUCAAGGAAAACCCAGCCCUGGCUGUUUACUCAGGCUCUCUUAGAAUGAGAGUGGAGGGUGUAGGAUAUGAGGGUUAGGCCUUUGCCACAUUAUACAAAAGUUUAUAAUUUGCCUCAUCUGUCAAGUAACUUCCUUUGUUCGCAGGCAAGACUUCUUUAAUGGAUAGUAUCAUUUACUGAGCCUACUGGGCAUGGUCCUCAUGGAGUUUUGGUUCAACGGUAAUCUCUGUGCCAACCCAGGAUACAAACUUCCAUCCAGAUGCAUGGAUACAAAUUUCCAUAGCUCCGGGGCUGCUCUAACAGUUUGACAUCAGCAGACUUGUUUAAGCCUUCAACAUGAUUUCCAAUUAUUCCAUCAUUUCUAUUCUGAAAUGACUCACUGUCGUAGAAGGAAGUUUAUUAUAUAACCAAGGUUUCAGGUAUCCUCCUGUCACCACCUCUACUAUUCAGGAGGCCUAAAAUUGAAAUAAGUACUAAAUAGAAACCUUACCAUCUGAAAUCCCUUCCGUUGUUUUCUAGUUGCUUCCUCAUUGCUUUACCCCCAAACUUUCUAAGGGCUCCCCCACUGCAGUGCAAGCUGGCCUUGGGCGCAGUUUUGCAACCAACCUACUCCCCUGGAAAGGUGGCUUCCUUCUCCAGUUAGCCUGAAUGAGCUUUAGUAAGCAAUUGAGAGAACCGUGUUUUUCCGACAAACGGUCACAUGUCCAUUGUUAUGGCAUCUGCAGAAAAACAGAGUGAUCCACUCAAGUCAGGAGCAAAACCCAAGUAGGUGCCUCUAGGGGCACAUGGCCCCUCACAUCACAAGCCAGAACCUAAGCUAAGCAUUUUUUAAAUUGAGUUUGAGACUAGCCUGGGCAACAUAGUGAGACCCCAUCUCUCUUUUAAAAAUGAACAAAAUUACCUGGUCACGGUGGUGUAUACCUGUAGUCCCUGCUACUUGGGAGGCUCAGGUGGGAGGAUCACUUGAGCCCCGAAGAUGGUGGCUGCAGUAAGCGAAGAUCACACCACUGGCACUCCAGCCUGGGCAACAGAGUGAGACCCUGUCUCAAAACGACAACAGUAACAACAACAAAAAUAUAUAUGUAUAGUGACUUGAAUAGGAAACCAUAGUAUUUCAUUGUUUUAAUUUGCAUUUAUUUUAUUUCUAGUGAAACUUUUAUAUACUAUCGGUCAUUUCUGUUUCCUUUUUUGAGAACUGCCAACUGUUGCCCUAGUAGCCAAAAAUAUCAGGUUGCUAUUCUGCCUUUUCAGUUUGAUCUGAAAGAAAUAAAGGCAUUUAAGCAAUGGAAAUUAGAUUUCUGCAUGUCCUUGGGAAGAAUAUAUAAAUUGAAAAAAUAGGAGAGCCGAAACCUGAACCUUGGAGUUUAGCUUAAGGUCAACCAACUGAUUAUCUAGUCAGCUAUAAAAUGCGAAUGUCAUUUCUUCAUUUCCCUCACACAUAAUAGGCUCUCAGUACAUACUUGUGAAUCAGCUGCUAUUUGCUGUGGGUAGAUAGAGGCAACCUGUGCUUUCUGCUCCGAGUAUAGAAACUUCCGUUUUCUAUUGGGGAGAGCAGUUGAUUUUGCAAAGGCCUGAUUGUUUCCACAUAAUUGUCUGUUGUUUUACAAAAACACAGAAUAAAAGAUGGGCAGUGGUGUACUGACAUUUCACAAA